AUGAAGAACAGGCACAUUGCUAUGAUCAGCGACUCAGGUGUCAUUGGCACUGGACUCUUCCUCGGGACGGCCUCCGCGCUGCACACGGGAGGGCCCAUCGGCAUGCUGCUUGCUUACAUAGCAAUUGGUUCCCUCUGCUACACCAUUUCGUUGGGAGAGAUGGCUGCCUUCCUGCCCAUUCCCGGAGGACAUCUCACGUUCGCCGAGCGGUUCGUCGACCCGGCCUGGUCGUUCGCACUUGGGUGGCUCUACUGGUAUAACUGGACUCUCGUUCUCCCUGCAGAGCUCAGCGCCGCAUCCGUCCUGAUCGGUUAUUGGAAUUCAGAGGUCAACCCCGCAGUAUGGAUAACUAUGUGCCUUGUUGUUGUCCUCACAAUCAACAUGCUUGGUGCAGGGGCUUACGGUGAAGCCGAGUUCAUCUUUGCUUCCAUCAAGGUCGUCACCAUUGUCGGGCUUCUCAUCCUCGGCAUCGUUAUUGACCUUGGUGGAGGCCCGAGUCAUGACCGCCUGGGUUUCCGCUACUGGAAGCACCCGGGACCUUUUGUUCAGUUCAACGGCAUCGAGGGCGCGAAAGGCCGUUUCCUGGGCUGGUCCGCUGUGAUGACUCAAGCGGCAUUCUCGUUCAUUGGAACCGAGGUGGUUGCGAUCGCAGGCGCUGAGGUGAAGAACCCCCGUCGCAACAUUCCGAAGGCUAUCAAGCGCGUCUAUAUCCGCCUCCUUCUGUUCUACAUUGGGGGCGUCACGAUCAUCGGGCUGCUCGUUCCGUCCGACGAUGAGAGGCUCACGCUCGGCACUGGUACCGCCGCCGCCUCACCCUUCGUCAUCGCCAUCAGCAACGCCGGGAUCAAGGGCCUCCCUUCGGUAAUCAACGCAGUCAUCCUUACGUCUGCCUGGUCGGCGGCAAAUAGUGACUUGUACUCCAGUUCACGUGCUCUUUACGGACUCGCGAUCAACGGCAAUGCGCCAAAGAUCUUCACCAAAGUGACACGCCAUGGCCUACCGUGGGUAUCGCUCGUCUUCUGCGCCUCCUUCGCGUUCCUCGCGUAUAUGGGUGUCACUAGCGGCAGCGGUAAAGUUUUCGGCUGGUUUGCCAACAUCACCGCUGUGGCCGGAUUGUCGAGUUGGUUUGGGAUCUCCGUGACCUACAUUCGGUUCUAUCGCGGACUCAGGGCUCAAGGCAUCGACCGGCGUUCGCUCCCAUAUAAGUCCCCCCUUCAGCCGUUCGCUGCGUGGUAUGCCGCUAUCGGGUGCCUGACAGUGGUCCUGAUUAGCGGAUGGACGGUGUUCCUGAAAGGGCAUUGGGCACCAGACACCUUCGUCACAAACUACCUGGCGGUGGGGCUCUUCCCGGUCCUUUACUGCGGCAUGAAAGUAUACAGCCGAGCACCGCUCGUACCUUAUGACCAGAUGGACUUCGAAACUGGCCUUCAGGAAGUCCUCGAUGCCUCGUAA